AUGUACCGCUCAACCAAAGGAGCCUCCAAGGCUAGACGGGACCAGAUCAACACCGAGAUUCGCAUCCUCAAGGACUUGUUGCCCAUCUCUGACGCCGACAAAGCCAAGCUGUCAUACCUCCACAUCAUGUCACUCGCCUGCAUGUACACCAGGAAGUCUGUCUUCUUCUCGCCGCCAGAGGCAGCAAACGCAUCGGCGGAGCCGAGCGCUCGCUUCCUGUCCCUGCCCGAGCUGUCCGACCUCAUGCAGGCUCUCCCGGGUUUCCUCAUGCUGCUCACCGCCGAGGGGAAGCUGCUCUACCUGUCCGAUGCCGUCUCCGACCACCUGGGACAUUCCAUGGUGGACUUAGUGGCGCAAGGAGACAGCGUGUAUGACAUCAUUGAUGCUUCGGAUCAGCUGACCGUGAGGAAUCAUCUGUCCAGCGCAGCCUCCCCAGAGAUGGAUCGCCUCUUCCGCUGCCGCUUCAACACAUCCAAGUCGGUGCGCAGGCAAAGCGCUGGGAAUAAGCUGGUUCUGAUUCGAGCUCGCCGCCUGUCCGUGCCCACCGCCAGCAGCGCUGCCGUCGGAUCCUACUGGACCUCCAAUCCCGUCUGGGUGUGUUUUUGCUCACCUUUGGAAAGCCAUCCCGUCCGCUCCGGACUGGAGAGCACGUCCGCCGGUUCACCGGUGGCCGACGCCAAUCUCUUCCUGGAAGGCUUUCACUCCCAGCACGGCCGAGACUUGAGGCUGCAGGCUGCGCACGAAAGCGUGCACACUUACCUGGGCUACGACGUGGCGACGUUACGCUCUCGCUCCUGGUACGGCCUCCUCCAUCCAAACGAUCUGGCGCACGCCUCCGCUCAGCACCGCAGCCUGCUGCAAGAGGGAGGAGAGGGCCGAGGCGAGAUGGUGGUGCGCGUGCAGGCUCAGGACCAAACGUGGGUUUGGCUCUACAUGGUCCUCCAGCUGCAACCAGGAGACGUCCCCGUCGCCAGCAGCAACUACGUCAUCAGUGAGUCGGAGGCCUGGUCAGUGCGUCAACAGCUGACCUCAGAGCAGACUCAGCUCAGCCUAGUCCUGAGUUCAGGUCCCCCCUUGCAAGAGAGCCUCCAGUCCCCCGACACCCUGUCCAGCCCCGACCAGGUGUUCACCCCCAGCAGCAGCGGCCUGUCAGGCCAGUCCUUCGACUUCAGCACGGCGGGCUGCAGCGUGGCCUCCUCGGACGAACGGGCCAGCUCGGCGGCCGAGGCCAUGCAAACGGAGGAGGAGCCCCGCUCCAGCAUCUCCUCCCUGGAGGAGGAGGCCUUCUUCCAGGCGCCGCCCGUGCGCAGCCCCUCGGCGGCCCCCUCGCCCACACCGGUCACAGUGGAGACGGUGUCCGACUUGGACUUUUUAACACAGAACAUACUCAUGCCGCCCUCCUUCGAGCUGGACCCCCCUCUUCCAGCUCUCCCCCUACCGCUUCCGCCCGUCCCCACCUCACAAGCUCAGGAGACCAAAGAGUUUGUGUGCACGCCUCCGUACACCCCCCACAUUGGAGGGGCUAGCUUCCCGUUUGAGGAGCCGCACUUCAGCUUUGACCCCACGGGUACCACCACGCCACCCCCAUCUGCCACCACUGCCACAGCCACAACCUCCAUGGCUGCAUCUUCUGUCUCCUCUGCGGCCCCACCCACCACCACCGGCUCAAGCCCCACACCGCCCACCACCCUGUCCACCAAGCUUCCCCUCAGCCUUCCCAACCCCUCCACAGAACUGCUCUUUGCCGUGGAUCCCUGCUGCGGAGCCCUCUACGAGAAAUUGCCGCCCACGCCGGACAGUCCAGGAGACGGCGACUGCACGGUGAUGACCCUUCCAGAGGUUCGGGGUCCGCUCUACGUGGACGUGCCCUUGAGGCCUCUUCAGUGUCCCCCCGAGGGGCUCCUCACCCCUGAGGCGUCCCCUGGAAAACAGCCUUGCCUUUCCUUCUUCUCCCUGGAGAGAGAGCGGGAGAAGGAGAGGGCUGAGAUCUCCCUGCUGGCCCAGCACAUCAGCUCCCUGGCGGAGGGGUUCUACCUGGACCCCCUCUUGUCCAAGCUGUCCCCGACAUCCUUGUCCAACCCUCCGUCCCCCUUCCUAGCCGAAAUGGUCGAUUCAGUCCAAGCGCUUCGGGAGUUUUAUCCCAUCAAAGCGUGGCAAGGCCUGGACAUUCCCAUGUUCCUGGAGGACGACACCUCUCUGUUUGAAGAGAGCAUCCUAGACACCCUCCUCCAAGACGUGCCCCCCGAGUCCCCCUCGCCCAUCCACAUCUCGGACGCUUCGAGCCCAGUCUCUCCUCCGACACCAGUGUGCUGGCACCAAGCCUCCCAAUUUGAGGGAGUGGGCCAAUUCUGUAGCGCCCAAUCGGCGCAACCUAACUCGGCGGACGGGUGCGGGGAGAGCGACGAGGUCGCCAUGGAGGAGGAGUCGGCGGAGGAAGUCGCCGAGAUGGAGGUGGCGUUAUCUCCCGUGUCUUCAUGCUCCUCCAUACCGGCUUCUCCUCCACUCAUCCUCACCUCCUCACCGGGGCCCGUUACCACCGUAGCCUCCACCGGCGUGGUAGAGGCGGUCUCCCCCGCAGCCGCCGCCUCCUGCACUCAGUCCCUCCUGGAGGAACUGGCUGUGCUGGAGCCCAUGUUUGGGGCAGGUGCCUCGAUCGCCCCUGGUUUAGGGCAACAACCUGAGUUGUAUCAACUCCAGUGUCAUCCAUCGCCACAGUGCUUCCACAAAGAUGGGAGUAGAAGCAUCCCUCCGUUCUAA